AUGGCGGCCGAGGCCUCGGGGGCACAGGAUCCCUCCAUCCCAGGCUGUGGAGAGUCCCCUGGCAUGAAGGACAGGACAUUGAACUCGCCAUCAGCCACCCAAGUGUCAGGAGAGAUGGAUAAGCCACUGAUCAGCCGCCGCCUGGUGGACAGUGAUGGGAGCCUUGCCGAGACCCCCAGUGAGGCCCCCAAAGUGGGCAUCCUGGGCAGCGGGGACUUUGCCCGCUCCCUGGUCACACGCCUGGUGGGCUCUGGCUUUAGCGUGGUGGUGGGGAGCCGCAACCCCAAACGCACGGCUGGGCUGUUCCCCUCAGCAGCACAAGUGACUUUCCAGGCGGAGGCAGUGGACUCCCCUGACGUCAUCUUCGUGGCCAUGUUCCGGGAGCACUACUCCUCUCUGUGUGGCCUCAGCGACCAGCUGGCUGGCAAGAUCCUCGUGGACGUGAGCAACCCCACAGAGCAGGAGCACCUCCAGCACCGCGAAUCCAAUGCAGAGUACCUGGCUUCCCUCUUCCCCACGUGCACAGUGGUCAAGGCCUUCAAUGUCAUCUCUGCCUGGACCCUGCAGUCUGGCCCAAGGGAUGGGAACAGACAGGUGCCCAUCUGCAGUGACCACCCGGAAGCCAAGCGGGCGGUCUCGGAGAUGGUGCAGGCCAUGGGCUUCAUGCCUGUGGACAUGGGGUCCCUGGUCUCCGCCCGGGAGGUGGAAGCCAUGCCCCUGCGCCUUCUCCCAGGCUGGAAGGUGCCCGCCCUCCUGGCCCUGGGGCUCUUCAUCUUCUUCUACGUCUACAACUUUGUCCGGGACGUCCUGCAGCCCUAUGUGCGGGAUGGCAAGAGCAAGUUCUACAAGCUGCCCGUGUCCGUGGUCAACACGACGCUGCCGUGCGUGGCCUAUGUGCUGCUGUCCCUGGUGUACCUGCCCGGCGUGCUGGCGGCCGCCCUGCAGCUGCGCCGUGGCACCAAGUACCGCCGCUUCCCGGACUGGCUGGACCACUGGCUGCAGCACCGCAAGCAGAUAGGCCUGCUGAGUUUCUUCUGCGCCGCGCUGCACGCGCUCUACAGCUUCUGCCUGCCCCUGGGCCGCGUCAACCGCUACGAGGUGGUCAACCUCGCCAUCAAACAGGUCUUGGCCAACAAGAGUCAUCUGUGGAUCGAGGAAGAGGUCUGGCGGAUGGAGAUCUACCUCUCCCUGGGAGUGCUGGCCCUUGGUACACUGUCUCUGCUGGCUGUCACGUCACUGCCCUCCAUUGCAAACUCGCUCAACUGGAGGGAGUUCAGCUUUGUUCAGUCCACUCUGGGCUUUGUGGCCCUGGUGCUGAGCACCCUGCACACACUCACCUACGGCUGGACCCGCGCCUUCGAAGAUAGCCAUUACAAGUUCUACCUGCCUCCCACGUUCACGCUCACGCUGCUGGUGCCCUGCGUCGUGAUCCUGGCCAAAGGCCUCUUCCUGCUCCCCUACUUCCGCCGCAAGCUCUCCAGAAUCCGGAGGGGCUGGGAGAAGGAUGGUGGCGUCAAGUUUACUCUGACAAUGGACCACACCUUGGCCCAGAAGACGAGCCACGUGUGAGGUGCCUGCCUCCGGCCCCAGAAACCAGACGCGGGCCAGACAGUACCCCUGGGCCUGUCAGGACUGCUUUUCUGGAUGGUGCGGUAUGGUGAAAUUGGGCGCAGAGCGGUGGUUGGGCGUCUGAAUUCCUGGGACCCUGAUGUACGCGGUGUAAUACUCAGAAGGGCACACACGCGGGUGUGACAUAGGUGUUCGUGUAGAUUUCAUAUAUAUAACGGGAUUUGCAUUUAUACUCACUUAGUUAAAAAGUUGAGUCUCUUGAGAUUUCAACUUGUAGAUUUAAAAAGCCAGUGACAGUUGUUAGGCCGGCCGCUCACCCUGCUGGGAUCUCUGCAGAGACGGACGCACCCUCUUUGCAGUGAAAAAGGGCAGUGAGAGGCUUGUACCUUGGUGGAUUCGAUCUGCUUAUGUCCCCACUCCCUUUUUGCUGCUUUCCCCAAGGCUUUUGCAGAGCUGGGGCUCUAAGGGGGCAGAUAAGAGCUCAACCUGGAGCCGAUUCAGUGCACAGGGCUAAAGAGUUGAGACCCAGCAGGCAGAGCAGGGGCUGGCCUCCUCCCUCACUCACCUUGGGCAGCAGCCAGAGGUCAGGCGGGAGCCCCUGGGGGGUGAGCCUGGGGGUGAGCCUGCUGGCUGAACCCUGGAGCCAACUGUCGAGGGCUCCUUUGCCAGGUAGGAGGGGGCGGGGGACGGGGCCCAAGCUGAUCUCCCUUGUCCUCCGUGAGCUGGGGAGAGUUUUUUUCCCUGGAAGUCCUAAGUCCCCAACAGUGGAAGCACAUUGAUCUCUUGUGGGAGUGUGAAGUCACCUCCGUUUGGGAGCCACUAAUGAACUAUCUUGAGAACAAGUGUAAUUUCUUUCCCUCCUUUUAGUUGCUGAUGACCGUUCGUUAAACCACUGUGCCUUCUCACCUUUCAGAUCAGUAGUUUGGAUAUCUCUUAGGAAGGCCCAGAUCAGGCCCUCUGGAAGUCAGCUGGAGAAGGAGGGGAAAACAAGGCAGACAGCGCUGGGCAUCCCAGCUGAGGCUUUCCUGGGCCCAGGGCAUGAAGGACUGAUGAUUGAUUGUCUCCACUGGCUUGGGCCUAAAACAUUGGGGACCUCGUCAGAUGUCUUCUGCUGGUGGGGAAAGAACCUGCCAGAAAACCAGACUGGCUCCAAGUUCACCACUGCUCCAGGGAAACAGGGAGAACAUGGGCGACGGGACUCCCUUACCCCCCCACCAACCCCAGGCGGGUCAAAAUCAUCGGGAGGGUCUUUUCUACCAAAGCUACAGACUUGAAGUGCUUCUGCCCCAAAGCACAAGAGACUGCACCACAGACAGGGUCAUGGGACAUGUGGCCUCAAAUCCCAUACCAUCUCUUGCUCGUUCCUACCAAAACCUCUUUUAUGUCCCCUGUGGCGAAACAGCUGUUUUUGGCUGAGCCCUCCUCCCCCCACCCCCACCCCC